UUCAACUUCUAUCGCUGAUAUAAAUUAACCUGGAACAUUUGCCUUUUUUUCUCAGUGAGUUUAAAUCUUAAUUCCAUUGUUCGGUUUGCUUGAAGGCCCUCUUAUCAAAUGGCAUCAAAAGAACAUCAUCGAGACAGCGAUGUAAGAUGGCGAUUUCAAGGGGCAAUGUACAUGGUUUUCUUUCAGUUUAUUUUUCUUUGUCAAACGGAAGCACAGAUCCGAUAUUCGAUCCCGGAGGAGAUGAAGAAAGGCUCCCUUGUUGGAAAUGUCGCACAAGACCUUGGUUUGGAUUUGAAAAGACUCCGUUCUGGUCGGGCCCGUAUUGUGACCGGAGAAAACAUCCAGUACACCGAGCUGAAGGCAGACAAAGGGACUUUGGUCGUGAAUGAGAGAAUAGAUCGAGAGCAGCUUUGUGGAGAUGUAACACCAUGCAGCUUUACAUUUGAGAUUUUAUUGGAAAACCCGAUGGAGUUGCACCCUGUCACCAUAGAAGUCUUGGACGUAAACGACAACGUUCCUACUUUCCAAAACAGACACUUGGAAUUUGAAAUAAGCGAAUCGGCAGCUCUUGGUUCCCGUUUUGUUUUAGAGAGUGCGGACGAUGCUGAUGUUGGGGAAAACGGUCUGCAGAAUUACAUUUUAACUCCGAACAACAAUUUUGUUUUGAAACAACAUGUUAAUCCGGACGGAAGUAAAUAUGCCGAAAUGGUGCUUCAGAAACCCUUAGACAGAGAAGAACAGCCACACCUGUCUUUAAAACUGCUGGCUGUGGACGGAGGAAAUCCACAAAGAUCGGGUACAGUAAAUAUAGACGUCAAUAUCUUAGAUGCUAAUGAUAAUGCUCCUGUGUUUAAUCAAUCUGUGUAUAAAGCCACGGUGAUUGAAAACGCUCCAAAAGGCACUUACAUUGUUACUGUAAAUGCCAGCGACAUAGACAGCGGUUCAUAUGGACAAGUAACGUAUUACUUUUCAAAAUCAAAAGCAGGAAUCGCUGAUUUGUUCAAUAUAGAUGAGGCUACUGGGAGAAUAUAUGUGGUAGAGGAAAUAGAUUUUGAAAAAGACAAAAAAAUUGAGUUCAGAGUUGAAGCUAAAGAUCAAGGCGGACUGACAGAUUCUAGCAAAGUUGAGAUUGAGGUUAUAGAUGUAAAUGAUAAUGCCCCGGUCAUUAACGUGAUGUCCUUCACGAGUCCUGUGUCAGAAGACUCCACUGCUGGUACCACCAUUGGCAUAAUUAAUGUUAAGGAUCUUGAUUCCGGUGAAAACGGAAAAGUAAAGUGCACGAUCGAAGGCAAUGUUCCUUUUACAAUUAAAUCCAAUGUGAGAAAUUACUUUGCGUUGAUGACUGAUGCUUCAUUAGAUCGCGAAAAGCUGUCAGAAAGUAACAUCACUGUCAUUGCCUCAGAUGCAGGGUCGCCUCCCCUCUCAGUUAAAAGAACCUUUUAUCUGAAGGUCUCGGAUGUCAAUGAUAAUCCUCCAGUGUUUCAACAAAGUUUUUACAAUGCGUUUAUCGCAGAGAAUAACUCUCCAGGUGUAUCUGUACUAAGCGUUAAUGCUAAAGACCCUGAUGAAAACCAAAACGCCCGUAUUUCCUAUAUUUUGGAAGAGUACGAGAUCGGUGGAUCUCCAGUUUCCGAAUAUGUUUCAGUAAAUGCAGAAAGCGGAGUGAUACACGCUGUGCGGUCAUUUGAUUAUGAGCAAAUCAAACAGCUGGUUUUCGUCGUCAAAGCGCAGGAUGGAGGCUCCCCUCCACUCAGUAGCAACGUGACUGUGAAAAUAAUGAUCCAGGACCAGAACGACAACCCACCUCAGGUUCUGUACCCAGUCCAGACUGGUGGCUCUCUGGUGGCUGAAAUGGUGCCUCGUUCAGCAGAUGUGGGCUAUCUGGUCACUAAAGUGGUGGCUGUUGAUGUGGACUCUGGACAGAAUGCCUGGCUCUCCUAUAAAUUGCAGAAAGCCACAGACAGGGCGCUGUUUGAAGUGGGCUUACAGAAUGGAGAAAUAAGAACUAUCCGCCAAGUGACUGAUAAAGAUGCUGUGAAACAAAGACUGACUGUUAUAGUGGAGGACAACGGGCAGCCCUCUCGUUCAGCUACAGUCAUUGUUAACGUGGCGGUGGCGGACAGCUUCCCUGAAGUGCUGUCGGAGUUCACUGACUUUACACAGGACAAGGAGUACAAUGACAACCUGACUUUUUACUUAGUGCUGGCUUUGGCUGUAGUUUCCUUCCUCUUCAUCACGUGUUUAGUGGUUAUUAUAUCAGUGAAAAUCUACAGAUGGAGACAGUCUCGCGUCCUGUAUCACUCCAAUCUCCCUGUGAUUCCGUAUUAUCCACCACGUUACUCAGACACUUUGGGGACAGGGACUCUCCAGCACGUGUACAACUACGAGGUAUGCAGGACGACUGACUCCAGAAAGAGUGAUAUGAAAUAUAUGCAGCCGAUGAGUCAAAGUUUAGUGAGUGUGGAUGGAGCUGGGGCUGAUACACCACAGGUGGAUAAGGAACUCUCAGGAAACUGUUCUCAAAUGUCAACACUGGAUUACUGCGUCUCUUCCUCUGGAUUCAUGAUGGCUUCUAUGCGGAUAACUGCUCGCAGAGGCCGAUGGCAAGCACUGUUUGUCAUUCUUUGUCUUUUCAAGCUGAGCUCAGUGACUGGACAGGCUCGAUAUUCCGUACCGGAGGAGCAGGCAGAAGGCUCUUUUGUUGGAAACAUUGCUAGAGAUUUAGGUUUGGAUGUGGCGAGGCUCAUAUCAGGCAAAGCUCGUAUUAUUACAAAGGGCAGCCGACAGUACGUUGAUUUAAACCGAGACAAAGGCACUCUUGUUAUUAAAGAGCGAAUCGACCGAGAAGAACUGUGUGGAAAGACGACGCCCUGUAGCUUUAGUUUCGAGGUCAUUUUAGAGAAUCCAAUCCAGCUUUAUCGGGUGACGGUGGAGGUAACAGACAUAAACGAUAACAGUCCGUCGUUCCCAAAGGAUGAAAUCAAUUUGAAAAUUGUUGAAAGUGCUGCAUCAGGGACUCGUUUCUCACUAGAGAGUGCUGACGACCCUGAUGUUGGUGUUAAUGAUAUUCAGAAAUACACUCUUAAACCCUCAGAUAUUUUCAAAUUGGAGGUACAGAGCCAGCCUAAUGGAGGAACAUUUAUCGAAAUGGUUUUACAAAACCCGUUAGACCGAGAAAAAGUGGAGACUCACACACUCGUGCUGAUUGCUUCAGAUGGAGGUGAGCCGCAUAGAUCAGGGACAGUGCGUAUUCAUAUCACUGUGCUGGAUGCUAACGAUAAUGCGCCAGUUUGUAGCCAGCCUGUUUAUAAAGCAGAUGUGAAGGAGAAUUCUCCUGAAGGAACUGUGGUAACCACUGUUAGUGCAAAUGACCCAGAUAAAGGAGUUAAUGGAGAGGUGACUUAUUCCCUAGCGCAUGUUGUCAGAGAAUCGAAGCAGCUGUUUGAAGUGAAUGUUAAAACUGGAGAGAUUAAAGUUGCAGGUAAACUGGAUUUUGAAAAAUCUAAGACUUAUCAAUUAAAUGUUAAGGCUAGUGACCACGGGGGGUUUUCAGAUACAUGCAAGGUUAUUAUUCAAAUAAUGGACGAAAAUGACAACUUGCCUACAAUACAGCUUAUGUCAUUUUCUAACUCGAUAGCGGAGGAUUCUCCUCCAGGUACAACUAUAGCUGUUCUUAACGUCGAUGACGAAGACUCUGAUGGUAACGGUGUUGUCAAGUGCUCCAUUAACUCUGAUGUACCUUUUAAAAUUGAGUCUUCAUUAACAGGAUAUUACUCCAUAGUAACCGAAGACUUCUUGGACAGAGAAAGUAUUCCUGAGUACAAUAUCACCAUAUCAGUAUCUGAUCAAGGCUCCCCGCCUCUGUCUAGCAGUAAAAACAUCAACGUAAAAGUGUCUGAUGUGAAUGACAGCCCACCCAGAUUUGAUCAAUCAGAAUAUAUUAAGACUGUACCAGAGAACAACUCUCCUGGAUUUUCGGUGUUUACUCUAAGCGCUAGUGAUGCAGACUGGGGCCAGAACGCUCGGGUUUCUUACUUUGUGGAGGAGAAAGAGAUUAACGGGGUAUCUGUGUCUUCGUUAGUGUCAGUGAAUUCAGAAAAUGGCGUCAUUCAU